CGACACUUGUCUCAUCUAAGCAGGAAUAUAAAAAGCCACUUGGCAUACAGUACACAAGACUCACUGGUGUGGCAGGUUGUCUCUCCGACUGUACAUGCAUUAAAAUUUUGCUUGGCAUUACUCAAAAUCAAAAGCAAAGCAAAAGGAAGAAAUAAGAACAAAGGAAAAAAGAUUGUGCUGAUUUUAAAAUGAUGCAAAAACUGCAAAUCUAUGUUUAUAUUUACCUGUUUAUGUUGAUUGUGGCUGGUCCAGUGGAUCUGAAAGAGAACAGUGAGCAAAAAGAAAAUGUGGAAAAAGAGGGCCUGUGUAAUGCAUGUACUUGGAGACAGAACACUAAAUAUUCAAGAAUAGAAGCCAUAAAAAUUCAAAUCCUCAGUAAACUCCGCCUGGAAACAGCUCCUAACAUCAGCAAAGAUGCUAUAAGACAACUUUUACCCAAAGCUCCUCCACUCCGGGAACUGAUUGAUCAGUACGAUGUCCAGAGGGAUGACAGCAGCGAUGGUUCUCUGGAAGAUGAUGAUUAUCACGCUACAACGGAAACAAUCAUCACCAUGCCUACCGAGUCUGAUUUUCUAAUGCAAGUGGAUGGAAAACCAAAAUGUUGCUUCUUUAAAUUUAGCUCUAAAAUACAGUACAAUAAAGUAGUAAAAGCUCAAUUGUGGAUCUAUCUGAGGCCUGUCAAGAUUCCUACAACAGUGUUUGUGCAAAUCCUGAGACUCAUCAAACCCAUGAAAGACGGUACAAGGUAUACUGGAAUCCGAUCUCUGAAACUUGACAUGAACCCAGGCACUGGUAUUUGGCAGAGUAUUGAUGUGAAGACAGUGUUGCAAAAUUGGCUCAAACAGCCUGAAUCCAACUUAGGCAUUGAAAUCAAAGCUUUAGAUGAGAAUGGUCAUGAUCUUGCUGUAACCUUCCCAGGACCAGGAGAAGAUGGGCUGAAUCCCUUUUUAGAGGUCAAAGUCACAGACACACCCAAAAGAUCCAGAAGAGACUUUGGUCUUGACUGUGAUGAGCACUCCACAGAGUCCCGAUGCUGCCGUUACCCUCUCACAGUGGAUUUUGAAGCUUUCGGAUGGGAUUGGAUUAUUGCACCCAAAAGAUAUAAGGCCAAUUACUGCUCUGGAGAGUGUGAAUUUGUGUUUUUACAAAAAUAUCCUCAUACUCAUCUUGUCCAUCAAGCAAAUCCCAGAGGUUCAGCAGGCCCUUGCUGUACGCCCACAAAAAUGUCUCCAAUUAAUAUGCUAUAUUUUAAUGGCAAAGAGCAAAUAAUAUAUGGGAAAAUCCCAGCAAUGGUAGUAGACCGAUGUGGAUGCUCAUGAGAUUUGCAUUAGGUUUGUAACUUCCUAAAUCACGGAAGGUCUUCCUCUCAACAAUUUUGAAACUGUGAAAUUAUGUACCACAGGCCAUAGGCCUCGAGCAUGCUAUAGUCACUUAAACACAGCUACAGUGUAUGAAUGAAAGAGAGAAUAUAAGAAAUGGUUGGCAUUUAACCAUCAGAAUAAAUCAUACAAUAGGAGAUUUUAUGAUUUCUGGAGAUUUUGAACUUAAAGAAGAUCAAAUUAUAUUUAUGUUCAUAUAUAUUACAACUACAAUCUAGGCGAGAAAAUGUAAGCAAUUCUCCUUGUGGUCUGGUGAAUUAAAGGGGUAUGCUUUAAAGGUAAAGUCCAUUUCUUCACACUUUCACUUAAUAUUUAUAGAAAAUCAAUACAUACAUAGCCUUGGUAAAGUGCAGGAUUGUUAUCUGUCACCAUUUUUAACAUCCUUAUACACUUGAGUUUAUAUUGUAUGAUAGCAUAUGUGGUAAGAUAGAAUUCCACCAAAAAUAGGGAUGGUACCCCAUGUGCAUAUUUCCAUUCCUAUUGUAAUUGGAAAGUGUGCUAAUAAUCCAUGCCAAGGUGCUAAUACAAUAGUUUGGAUGGCUAAUAUUACUAAGUUUAUCAGGCAGAACACACUCAGUAACCUAAGUCUCUCCCUCUUUCGAGUUCAUUUUCAUACAUCUCUAAAUGGGGGAUGGAUUUUCUUUAAAGAAAGAAGAAUCCUUUUUCUAGAGGCCAACUUGCAAUUCUGUAGCAUAGAGGGAGAAACUACUUUAUCUUAAAAGGCAGCCAUUUACUAUUCAUUUUCAUCAAAAUUUCAAAAAUUAUAGCUUGCUUUUGCAACAUUGAAGUUUUGUGGUAAAAUAAUGGAAAUGACUGAUUUUAUCAAUAUUGUAUAAAAGACUUUGAAACAAUUGCAUUUAUAUAAUAUGUAUACAAUAUUGCUUUGUAAAUAAGUGUUUCCUUUUUUAUUUACUUUGGUAUAUUUUUACACUAAUGAUAUUUCAAAUUAAGUAUUAAGGCACAAAGACAUGUUAUGUAUCACAGAAAAGCAACUGCUUAUAUUUCAGAGCAAAUUAGCAGAUUAAAUAGUGGGUCUUAAAACUCCACAUGUUAAUGGUUAGAUGGUUAUAUUACAAUCAUUUUAUAUUUUUUUACAUUUUCAACAUUCACUUAUGGAUUCAUGGUGGCUGUAUAAGGUGAAUGUGAAAUUUCAGUGGCUUAUUGUCAUUGUACUCAAAUCUCAACGUUCCAUUAUUUUAAUACUAUAAAUAUUACUAAACAUACCAAAAUGAUUAACUCCAUUAUCUAAUUAAAGAAAAAUAAAUAUGAUUUCUCAAUAAGAACUGUUAUUUUUAUUUUAUAAUUUGAUGAUAAAUAUAUUUCUUCAUUUAAUUUACUUCUGUUUUGUAAUUGGGAUUUUGUUAAUCAAAUUCAUUAUACGUAUAGCUAAGUGAAAUUAUUUCUUACAUAAAAUGUGUAGAAACAACAUAAAUUAUAUUAAAGUGUUUGCACAUUUUUGAGAA